ACUUUGAAGCUGGCUUAACCACACCUUCACAACUCUCCCUCAUAUUUACUGGUAAGAAAUCAAUAUCCAUGGAGGUCAUUGUUCUGUCACUCACGGUGGCUCUUGUUGCCGUCUCUCUUCUUCUCACCAUCUUUGCUUUCACUCGCCGAGCCGACGGCGGCGUCAAGCUGCCACCGGGCAGCUACGGAUGGCCUAUCAUGGGUGAAACCAUCGAGUUCUUGUUUGGGAAGCCGGAACAUUUUGUGGGUGAAAGGAUGAGGAAGUACUCUCCUGAUAUCUUCAAGACCGACAUUCUUGGAGAGAAAACGGCUGUCAUUUGUGGCCCCAACGGUCACAAAUUCCUCUUCUCCAACGAGCAGAAGCUCUUCACCGCCUUCCGUCCACAUCCCAUGCAAAUGCUGUUCCGUUCAUACAAAACAAAGGAACAAAAACAAGCCACUGGUCCGUCUCAAAUGGCUCGCAACGACGAGGCCAAAGUGAUAAGGUCACCUGGCUUCUUGAAGCCCGAGGCUUUGGUUCGGUAUUUGGGGAAAAUGGACUCCAUGACCCAACAACAAUUGCAGACUUACUGGGAAGGCAAAGACACAGUGAAGGCGUUUGGCCUUUGCAAGACCAUAACAUUGACACUUGCUUGUCGAUUCUUUUUGGGCAUUGACAACCCCGAGAGGAUUGCUAGGCUUGUUACCAAUUUUGAUGAUGUUACUUUGGGGAUGCACUCAAUUACAUUCAAUUUCCCGGGUACUAUAUUUUAUAGAGCGAAUAAAGCUGCCACCGCCAUCCGUAGGGAGCUUCUGGCCGUGAUCAAGGAGAAGAAGGAUGCAAUGGCUUCCGGUGCUCCGAUGCAGGAUAUUCUGUCUCAUAUGGUGGUUGCAAGUGACCCGACUGGCCAGUUCAUGCCGGAGGCCGAGAUUGCUGAUAAGAUGAUGGGGCUGCUAACUGCUGGAUACAGUACUGUUGCUACUACCAUGACUUUGUUCAUGAAGUAUGUUGGAGAGAGACCUGACAUUUACAAUAAAAUCCUAGCAGAGCAAAGGGAGAUUGCAGCUGCGAAGAAGCCCGGGGAGUUAUUAGAUUGGGAGGAUAUGAAUAAAAUGAAGUACUCGUGGAACGUAAUAUGUGAAGUUAUGAGAUUCAACCCACCACUUCAAGGAACUUUCAGGGAGGCCUUGGUUGACUUCACCUAUGCUGGUUACACUAUUCCAAAGGGCUGGAAGGUGUAUUGGACAGUGAGUACGACAAACAUGAACCCUCAAUACUUUAAAAAUCCGGAAGUGUUUGAUCCAACAAGAUACCAAGAAGGUGAGAGCCAUAUUCCUUACACGUAUGUUCCGUUUGGAGGCGGACCGAGAAUGUGCCCCGGAAAAGAGUAUGCAAGAUUGGCAGUGCUGGCUUUUGUGCACAAUGUGGUCACCAAAUUUAAGUGGGAUUUAUUGGUUCCCAACGAGAAGAUCAUAGGUGAUAUGAUGCCAAGCCCUGAAAAAGGACUUCCAAUCCGCCUUCAUGCACACUAGAUCCAUAUAGUAAUUGGUUUACAAAUCUAAUUUGGCUUUUUCGCAGACCCUUUGGGCUAUAUAUUCCUUUUUUUUUUUUCUUUUUUUUUUUUUUUUUUUUUUCCCCUUUUUGGAGGGCAAAACCAAUGUAACAAUAUUAAUAGUAUAUGUUUGUAUUAUACAUUCAUAUUCUUCAAAGAAGGCAACUAGUGAAGCAGCAUUGUUUUGAAACAACGAUGUGAAGUGACUGCAGGUUAGGUCAAACAAAUUAUUGAAUUAUGAAUGUUCAACCUCCAUGUAAAAGGGCCAAAAGAUAUCACUGAAAUGAAUUGAAAGGCUUUACUUUUUAUUUUUAA